GGAACAUAUAGAGUGAGUGGAAGAUGGAGCAGUGUUAUGGUGGCAGUCUGUGCUUCGGUGAGGCAGGAACACACUCCACAUGUCCUCGUCCAGCGUGUUUGUGUUUCUUAUUUACACUCAGUUGUCACUGAAUGAAGUCGUGGUUUCACUGUAAACACUUUGUGUUUCUUGUGUGGACUGUGUUGUGUUUAUGCUCAGGGAUCUGUGUGAGAUGCAGGAGAGCAGUGAUCGGUACAGGGAGAGGCUGCAGGGCGCUGGGACUUCUGUUCCAUGUCACUUGUUUCACGUGCAGCCUUUGUUAUAAACAGCUUGUUGGAAAACCGUUUUAUUCGGCGUCAGGAGAGAUCUACUGUGAAAAAGACUUUUUGUACUCGGGGGUUUAUCCCUCCCCAGAAGUGUGCAGCAGCUGUGGGCAUCUGAUACCAGACAUGGUUCUUCAGGCCCGUGGGAAGUCCUACCAUCCUUCCUGUUUCCGCUGCAUCGUCUGCAGAGAGAGUCUGGAGGGUCAGCCCUUCACUGUGGACGCAGAAAACAGAGUGUACUGUGUCAGCGACUACCACAGGGUCAAGGCCCCCUACUGUGAAGCCUGCAGAUUACCAAUACUGCCGAGUGAGGGAUCUUCAGAAUCCAUCCGAGUGGUUUCAUGUGACAGAAAUUACCACGUGGAGUGCUACAAUGGAGAAGUUCACCUCAUUUAGGGAAAAAGAAAAUAGAUAAAUCUCUUAGAGUAAACUGGUUUAAACGAAUAUGAAACUGAAGUAUAAAGUAGUUUAGCAGGAAUCCACACCAAUAAACACCAUGUAAAUAAAGACUAUGUGCAAUGU